CUGGGAACAGCCCUAUCUCCAGGCAGGCAGCGGCUCGCUGAUUCCGUUACAUUCUCUUCGGCUCCCAGGGAUGCUGAGCUGAGCCAGGGACCUUGCGUUUCCCCGGCUGCUCUUUGCUAACCCCCGGACCACACCUCAGGUGCGUGCUUGUCUCUGUCCUUCGAGCGGCGGCGCCGGGGGCCGAAUUGUUCGUGCGGAUGCUGGGGGCCCGACUCCGCUUUCCGAGAAGCAGCCCCUGACCCGUCCCCAUUGUCUGGCGAGCGCCUGCCGGGUCCACGGGGCUAAACGGGACCCCCCAGGCCGGCAAACCAACGCGCAAACGUGGUACUGAAAGCACCCCCCUCCUCGCCCUGCGCAGAGCCAUUGUGUCGGAGAUAAUCUGACUUGAAGAUUUCACUUUAGCCAGUCCAAGAUGGAAGCCCCACUGGUGAGUCUGGAUGAGGAGUUUGAGGAUCUGAGACCCUGCUACUUUGAUGACAGAGAAGAAAAACCCCAUUGUUUUUAUGGCUCAUCCCCUCAGCAUCUGGAAGAUCCCUCCCUUUCUGAGCUUGAGAACUUCUCCUCUGAAAUUAUCAGCUUCAAGUCCAUGGAAGAUUUGGUGAAUGAAUUCGAUGAGAAGCUGAAUGUCUGCUUUCGGAAUUACAAUGCCAAAACCGAGAACCUGGCUCCUGUAAAAAAUCACCUCCAGAUACAAGAGGAGGAAGAGCAUCUUCAGGAUGAAGAGGUUUGGGAUGCUUUAACGGAAAAUUACAUCUCAUCGAUCACUGAGGAUUGGAGGGACCCCGAUAUCGAGGUGUUGAAUGGCAAUAUUUCUGACUCAGAGGUACUUCCCAGACUCUAUUUUUUGCAUUACUUGUAAAAAAAACACCACCAC